CUCAGGGAAGUUCGCGCCGCGGGGCCGCGGGUUCGAGCCCCGAGGGGGGCGGCCGGUCCGGGGCCGUGUCGGGGCCGGCUCCCGCCGUUCUUGCGGGGGGUCCCGGCCGGGCAGCGGCGACCGCGGGCCCAGCGCACAUGUGCGGCCGCCCGGCACAUGCUCACUGAGCGCGGCGCAUGAGCAGAGGCGGCGCGGGGCCAUCGGACAUCUUGGGCCGCCCCGCACGCAGCGGGCAGCGCCGCCGGUCCCGGGGCGGGAGCAGCCGCCGCCCCCGCGCCGCCCGGCCCGCCCGCCCUGGCGCCGGCAGCCCGCCCCUCCCGCGCUUCCCCCGGGCUGCUCCGAGCAUCCCUCCGCCCCUCUUGCAUUUGUCUUAAUUCUUCUCAGAGACAAGAUGGCAACGCCGGCGGCGGUAAACCCUCCCGAAAUGGCAUCGGACAUUCCUGGCUCGGUGGCCUUGCCGGUGGCUCCGAUGACGAGUGGACAAGUGAGGAUGGCAGGAUCCAUGCCUUCCAGAGGAGGAAAGCGUCGCUCUGGAAUGGACUUUGAUGAUGAAGAUGGGGAGGGGCCCAGCAAAUUUUCAAGGUAUGAUGGUGAUCAAAUCACUGGUGAUAAGGAAAAGUUUGCAAGGGAGAACCACAGUGAGAUCGAGAGGCGCAGGAGAAAUAAGAUGACCCAAUACAUCACUGAGCUGUCGGACAUGGUGCCCACGUGCAGCGCCCUGGCCCGUAAGCCCGACAAGCUGACCAUCCUUCGCAUGGCUGUUUCCCACAUGAAAUCCAUGAGGGGCACUGGAAACAAAUCUACUGAUGGAGCUUACAAGCCUUCCUUUCUUACAGAACAGGAACUGAAACACCUUAUCCUGGAGGCUGCAGAUGGGUUCCUGUUUGUAGUUGCAGCUGAGACGGGGAGAGUGAUCUACGUGUCAGACUCUGUGACUCCCGUGCUGAACCAGCCUCAGUCGGAGUGGUUUGGCAGCACUUUGUACGAGCAGGUUCAUCCAGACGACGUGGAAAAGCUGCGAGAGCAACUGUGCACAUCUGAGAACUCCAUGACAGGACGAAUCCUGGACUUGAAGACGGGGACAGUAAAGAAGGAAGGUCAGCAGUCCUCCAUGAGAAUGUGCAUGGGCUCCAGGCGCUCCUUCAUUUGCAGGAUGAGGUGUGGAAAUGCUCCUCUGGAUCAUUUACCUCUGAACAGGAUAACCACCAUGAGAAAAAGAUACAGGAAUGGCCUGGGCCCGGUGAAAGAAGGUGAAGCACAAUAUGCUGUUGUCCAUUGCACUGGCUAUAUCAAGGCUUGGCCACCAGCAGGAAUGACUAUACCAGAAGAAGAUGCUGAUGUGGGACAAGGUAGUAAAUACUGCCUCGUGGCAAUAGGAAGGCUUCAGGUGACCAGCUCUCCCGUGUGCAUGGACAUGAGCGGCAUGUCGGUGCCCACGGAGUUCCUGUCCAGGCACAACUCGGAUGGAGUCAUCACCUUCGUGGACCCAAGGUGCAUCAGCGUCAUUGGCUACCAGCCCCAGGAUCUUCUGGGGAAAGAUAUUUUAGAAUUCUGCCAUCCUGAAGACCAAAGCCAUUUGCGAGAGAGUUUCCAACAGGUGGUGAAACUGAAGGGUCAGGUCCUGUCUGUGAUGUAUCGUUUUCGCACCAAAAACCGUGAGUGGAUGCUGAUCAGAACCAGCAGCUUCACGUUUCAGAAUCCUUACUCUGAUGAGAUUGAAUACAUCAUCUGCACCAACACUAAUGUCAAGCAACUUCAGCAACAGCAAGCAGAACUCGAAGUACAUCAAAGAGAUGGGCUGUCAUCCUAUGACUUAUCUCAGGUGCCUGUUCCAAGUAUACCAGCUAAUGUUCAUGAGGGUGGAAAGUCUGUGGAAAAGCCUGAUGCUAUCUUCUCCCAAGAGAGAGAUCCUAGAUUUGCUGAGAUGUUUGCUGGAAUAACUGCUUAUAAAAAAAUGAUGGCCUCUGCAUCCACAGCAGGGAACCAGCAGCUUUACUCCCAGGGAAGCCCAUUUCAGCCAGGACACUCGGGAAAGACUUUCAGUUCAUCUGUGGUGCACGUGCCUGGUGUCAACGACAUCCAGUCUUCCUCCUCAACGGGCCAGAACCUGACACAGAUAUCCCGGCAGCUCAACCAGAGCCAGGUGGCCUGGACAGGAAAUCGCCCUCCAUUUCCAGGACAGCAAAUUCCAUCUCAGUCUGGCAAGGCUCAGUCGUCUCCCUUUGGCAUUGGAACAAGUCACACCUACCCAGCUGACCCAUCAUCUUACAGCCCCCUGUCCAGCCCAGCCACCUCUUCUCCAAGUGGGAAUGCCUACUCCAGCUUAGCAAACCGAAGUGCUGGCUUUGCUGAAGGUGGCCAGAGCGGCGGGCAGUUCCAGGGCAGGCCGUCCGAGGUGUGGUCGCAGUGGCAGAGCCAGCACCACAACCAGCAGAGCGGCGACCAGCACUCGCACCCGCAGCCCAACCAGACCGAGGUGUUCCAGGACAUGCUGCCGAUGCCUGGGGAUCCAACACAGGGUACUGGCAAUUACAACAUUGAAGAUUUUGCUGACCUGGGCAUGUUUCCACCAUUUUCCGAGUAGCUUGCGAAGCAGAAAUGGAAGUUCUUCUUCUCCAAGGCCAUUUCAGUGUAAUUUUGGCGCUGCUUUUUCUGUGUUGCAUUUCUGUAGAAGCUACUAAACCAGAAGACACGUUUCUCAUGUUUCAGAUAGUGGUGUAGGGCUUGCUCUCUCCUCCUUGGGGUGCAUCAGUGCCAACAGAGGAGCUCCAGCACUUGUUAGUGUUCAUUGACAGCUCCAUUUUUUUUUAUUAUUUUAUUGUCAUCUACCUCAGAGAUAAAGAUUUUGCUUGUUUUUAAAAAAAAAAUCUCUGAGUCUCAAAUAUUUGAAUGUGAAUGAUGCAUAAUAUUUCCUUUGAAUGAUAAUUUUUCAAUAGAUAACAAAGUAACAAAGACUAACAGAGAAAAGGUAAGGUCAUGUCUUGUUACAGUGCCUACUGCUCAAUUUUGAUGCCUUGCUUUAAGCUUAAGUUUCUGAAAGCAGACACAAUAUUCUGUUUUCUUUGAUUCUUGUAGGUUUUAGGUCACUUUAAAUGUUGAGAUUAAGCAACAUAAUGUAGGCCUCUUUCACCAGAAGAUUCAUCUCUGCCUUUUCUAACUUAAACUUGAAUGUGUGUACAUUUUGGUACUUUAUGUAUAUCUUGUGCUGUAUGAAGUGAUAUCCUGUACUGGUUUCUUUUGCCUUUACAAAGGGUCCAUUCUGGAGUGUACUGAAAAGGUUGAUGAUGUAUGUGAAGGAUUUGAAUAUUGUGGGAGUCUCCAUCACUUCACAUAGGUGUUCUUACUUUUAAUUCAGGUGGUUCUCUAUUCAGAACAAACAUUUACUUACAUAAGCUAUUAGUCUGGUUUUGCACUGAAUUGAGGCCUAUAACCUUGUACAUUUCUCACUGGCUGCUUUAAUUAUUAUUGUUCUUGCUUUCCCAAAAAUAUUGCCUCUUAAAAAUGACUGUAAACACAUCGAGAUUGCAUUUUCUAUAUUAGCUGCAUUUCCUUUCUGUGAAGUACUUUUUUAUACUGUGAAACCUCACAUUUUAACAGUGGAAGGUGGUGGCCUGUUACUAGGAAAUCAUUCAAGCUCAUUUGCUGCAAGCAGUGAGAUGGUUUUGUAGUGUAUAAUUUUUUUAGGAUGAGUUUGUUAUAGAUAUUGAUUGGACUACUGUCCACUGCAUAUACAGUGAUAACUUGAAUUUUUGCUUGGAUUCCCAAGCAAAUGCUUCUGUUAAACUCUGCUAACCCUGUUCUGUUAAAUAUGGGAUUUUCAGCAUACCAAGUUUGUUGAGGACUCUUGACUGCUCUGAAUGCUGUGUGCUUUUUUCCACAGAGGUAAGUUAAUCAUCUUCCUCUUGGGUGAGUCACCUGCCAUAUGUCUUCAUGAGAGAUGUGGUAGGAAUAUUUUUUGUUCAGUAUUUCAUAUGCAUGAUGAGUUACAGAGGUUGGAUUGUAAGGAUUUUAUCCUGGUCAUUUCUUCUGGAGAAAGAAUCACUCACAAAACCCCAAGUUCCUGCAUGCAGGUUGUUCAUAACCCUUGAGGUUGGGUGUUGGUAGGGAGCCUCUGCAGAGGGGGAAGAGGAGGCAGCUCCCCUCAGCUUUUGGACAUCCAGGGGCCAUCACAGACCUGGGAAGAGCAGCCCCAGGGCAUAGCCCCCAUCCAGAAGAUCUCAGUGUGUGCAGCAAUUCUUAGACUUCACAGAAUUAAGCUCUGCCUUCUCAUAGCCACUCUUGAAUUCUGGGGUGUCUCUGAGUGGGGACAGGGUGCACAUCACCACAGUCCAUAUUUUUGGGAUAAGAUCCUGGGGAGCAGGCAGGCCCUGCCCCACAGCCUGCUCUGGGCAUGCAGGGUUCAGGUGAGCGUGGCCCAGGGACAGGGCUGGCACAGAUGGGGCUGUGCCCAUCUGACUCUGCUGUCCCAGUCUUCUCCCAGGUCAGCAUGUCGUGUUCAGUAGCCAGGGAGAGUCCUCCUUACUGUUCCUCUCUCUAAUUCUGGGACCAAUCUCUUACCCUAUGUGCAAGUGGGGUUAGGGAGUCUUUUUUUAGUACAGUUUUGUAUAUCUCUAGAUGAGGUAUUGGAGAGGCUUCAGAUCUCCUGGUGUGCACUUGCCUCACCAAAUCCCACUGAGAACAAACAAAAAUCUUCCUAUCUCUUCUCCCCCUGAGAUCAGGAAAAUACUAUCUUAGGUGAGUAAGCCAUGUGCUUAUGCACUUUGCUUUUAAAUACAUGGAUGUUUAUUCUGUUGGAGCCAUCUCCCUUUCCCCUCAUGCUGCUCACACGAAUGACUGCUCAUGGAAUUGGAGAGGCAAAGAAAGUUCUGCUGCCUCAGAGUAAAGUUCACUGGUGUCUCUAAGAGGUGCCUGGAUGCUGCACCAGUGAGUGAGGUGCUCACUCUGCAGGGUUUUGAAAGAGGCUGCUUAUGAGGGAGGGAGCAGUAGGUGAGCAGUUUGUGUCUCUCCACAGAAGAUGCUUGACAUGAUAAAUGUCAGUUCUUCUGAAAUUUUUAUAAAUUUUUCCAUAAAGUGAAUAAUGAAUUCAGCUUAAAAGUGCUGUUCCUGUGUUUUAUUUUACCCAACAAACUGCUUGGAGUAUAUUUAUAGUUUAUUUUACUUCCUGAAUUCAAUUUAAAAAUAAGGUUUUUAAAGUAAUUUUCUUUCUCCUGACAUCAGCAAUGAUAAUUUCCUCAGUGUGUUGUGGGUUUUUUACUACUGGAGAAGGCUUCUCUUGUACAGAUUUUGGUUGUGCAGUUCACAGUGCACUGUUAGAAGAAAUUUAAGCACAUCUCUCUUUUUCUUGUUGUUUUUUUGAAGUCAGUACACCUGAGGGAUCAGAGCAUGGACUGCUUCUCACCUUGUGGGCUCCUGCCUUCCUGGCUGGGGAAGGUGAUGGCUGCUCUGUGAAGGGCAGUGUGGAUAGUGCCAGCUUUGGGUUUUCCCUGUCUCUUGUGCCAUCCCGAGCCAGCGCUUUAUUCUUGGCAUUUCCACCCUUGCCCUGCUCCUCUGCCAUUCCUGGCCACCCCAUCUGCCCAGCCAGGGUGGGAGUUGUUGGGCUGCCAUUCCCAGCCAGCGAGGAGGGAGCAAUUAAGGAUUUUGGCAGCUUUGUGCUUCUGAGGCAGCAGCUGCUGCAGGUGAGGCUUUGCUCGUGCUGCGGGGCUCUGCCCUGGCCCCGCUGUGUCCGUGCCUGCUGCUCCCAAACAGCCACCCCAGUCCUGUGGCUGGCAGAGCUGUGUAGCCUUGGCCGUGCUGUAUCUCGUGUUUCGUUACUACAGCGACUUGACUUAUCCUAUAGCUGCAGUUAUAAGGUGCAUUGGCAAUGCUGAUGUUUUUAUUACGUGCUGUCGGUGUAGCUUCGUUGGCACUUUGGCUUCCAAUUUCCAGAAUUUCGUAGGUGGUGGAUUUCUCAUUUCUUUUGUGGAUUUUUUUCUAAGCUGGAAAUAAAGCUGUGAUUUCUGAUUGAACUGUUGCAAACACAGUGUUUCUUGAAACUGAAUCUUUUGGGUUUUAAACUCAUGGAGCAGGAAACUGCAAAUAGUGAUGGUCUGGAUGAGUUAUUUCAAGGAGCAGACAUGUAGACUGAGACAGUUUUAGAUAUUGAAAUAUUUAUAUUCAUUUAUUCAGACAAACAAUCCAAGACUCCAUCACAUUACUUGUACAAGUGCUACUAGCAGUACCUACAGUGAUGCUUCAACCAGAUAGUUCCAUUUGUAGCUUUGUUGCCUUUUCUUUUCUUUUGAAGUGCAGUAUGAAACUGUAAAUACUUCUUGCAGAACUGCCUUUUUAACUCUUAAUUACUUUUGGCACAGUGUUAAAUAGUGUUGGAUUUACCCAAUUGCUAUGACAUAUAUUUUUAUACAUAGGUGUACUCUUUUUUCAAGAAUAAUACAGCCAUUUUGUCAUUAAUGCCUUAUUGGUGUCAUACUGCUGUUGCUCUUUGUUUGCAAGGUAUUGAGUGGACUAAUUUCUAGUUCAGAUAUUUUCACUUUUCCUGGCAGUGCUCAAUUUUGGCUUCAGGUGAUUUUUUGCCAGAGCCCCAUUUUUCACAGUUGUUAACUGUGAGAAGAGAAUGUGGGCUUGGACUUGUUGCUGUUAAUGGAGUAAAGAAAAGGUGAUGGCAUCUAAUUGUCUUUAAAAAGUCAGACUUCUCCUACUCUAAACCAGAGUGCAUUUCAUGAAACUGAUUACUGUAGGCACUGAUUACUUUGUGUAGAUUAAAGGUCUUUUAAAAAGAAAGAGAAAGGGAAAAAAAAGGAAACAACUCCAAAAAUGGGCUUCUGUCAUUGUUAGGCGCUUGGUUACGUAUCUGUUUAAACUCUUCAUAUUGAUGUGAAAUUGUGCUGUGGAUAAAGUGUAUUUUGUACUUCUGAAUGUUCUAUAUUUAUGACUAACAAGUACAGAAUCAGUUGUGUGUAUGUAUAACUAAUAACUGCCUUUUUAAAUUUCAUUAAAAUAAAAAUGUCAUGAGCUGUUGUUAA